CACCAUAAAAGGGAACAUUGUAUCUCUUUAUAAGGAGGAAAGUAGAUCUCUAGUCAAUAUAUUCGUCCACGUUCAUAUUGUUAAUUUCGGGAGUAUAAUAUUUUACUUAUAUUUGUGCUGUUCUCACGCGACGCAUUGUGUGUAUUUGGAGAGUGGUACGGCCAGUGUACCUUUCAGGCGGAAACCGACGACAUCUUAAAUGUUUAUCUGGUGAACUACAUAACAUGGCGGAGUAAUCAGAGGGGCGUUAUAUGCGUUUUCCUUUUGGAGAAUGUGCAGCGAGUUUUGGAAAUAAGGGAGGUAGAGUUUGACUGAGCUGGGGUGAAGGGUCUUAAGGGCACCACUUUGGGAAACUUGCUUUGCUAUUUUAAAGCGAUCCGGGACCCAUUUUAACCAUUGGGACCCGUAGUUUUUCCUGUUUGUUUACCUUUGCCAGAUUAGUGUCUGUGCCUUGCUGUAAUUUCACGAACAUACUUGCACGCCAGGGACUGACUGGCAUUUUGGAGACACGGCUGUUCGCGUAAUAUAAUGUUACCUAGCCAGGCUGGGUCGGCACCAACUGGAAACGGGUCCUCGUCCGGCAGGGGUAAUAUUGGUGAAAGCUCGGCAGUGAUCGGUGGCGGGAUUCGGCCCGGCUUGGUCAGAACAGGAUUAACGGCGACCGUGGUGGGUGAUAGCCUCGCGGGGGUAGGGCGAUCGGGCGACGGGUCAGGGAUGUUGGGGGGAAACGGGACCGGAAUGGGUUCAAGAAGUGGGGCUAGGCCGGGUAACGGAGCAGGAUUGACCACAUUACAGGGCACUGGCCAAGGUUCUAUACCAUGCAUGAACGCCGGGCUUGGUGCCUCCGGGGGCAGAUUUGAUCCAGACAGGGAAAACCUACCUCAGGCAUACAGCGGUUCGGACGCUGACUCUGAUUCGGGGGAUGACGAUGACCCCGUGGGUUCAGUUGGGGACAGCAGAAGAGGGGUGAAGCGUGAGAGAGCCGAGAUGGACGCCGCGGUUGUGGGACAGGAGGCGGGCGUGCAGCCCGGUGGCUACGGUGUAGUGUCCGGCGUGGUUGCCGGGGCAAAACCUGGGAAGAAGACCCGUGGCCGAGUGAAGAUUAAAAUGGAGUUUAUCGACAACAAACUGAGGCGGUACACGACUUUCAGUAAGAGGAAGACUGGCAUCAUGAAAAAGGCGUACGAGCUCUCCACGCUGACGGGCACGCAGGUGCUGCUGCUGGUGGCCAGCGAGACGGGGCACGUGUACACCUUCGCCACGCGCAAGCUGCAGCCCAUGAUCACCAGCGAGACGGGCAAGGCCCUGAUCCAGACCUGCCUCAACUCGCCCGACUCGCCGCCCCGCUCCGACCCCUCCACCGACCAGCGCAUGAGCGCCACCGGCUUCGAGGAGACCGACCUCACCUACCAGGUGUCCGAGUCCGACAGCUGCGGAGAAACCAAGGACACCCUGAAACCCGCCUUCACCGUGACCAGCCUGCCCGGCACCACCAGCGCCUCCGCCCCCGCCACCUCCACCACCAUGCAGGUCAGCAGUGCCACCUCCUUCCCCAUCACCAACUACCUGGCCCCCGUCUCCGCCAGCACCAACAGCAUCAGCAGCGCCAACGGGACCGUGCUGAAGACCAGCGGCUCCACCGGCAGCGUCAUGCAGCUGCCCAGCGGCUUCACCUUCAUGCCAGGCACUCCGAUCCCCCCCGGUGCCCCCACCAUUCCGCUGACUCAGCUGCAGCAGGGCCCCAGCUUCACUGCCACGGCGACUCAGGCUCCGCACAGCCAGCAGGCCGUCUUCCGCUUCCCGGCCACCGUCUCGCUCACAGGGGCAGGAGUUCCACAGCAGCUCCAGGCCAUCCAGGUGCCCCUGCCCCCACAGCAGGGCUCCAUCAACAGCAGCGACAGCAGCACUGAGGCCUCCCAGUCCUCCAGCAGCUCCACAGUGAGUGUACCUGCAACCAUCGUCACUUCCUCAGUGCCCACCUCCAUGGGGGGUCACAUGAUGUACCCGAGCCCGCACACGGUGAUGUACGCUUCCGCACCCACGCUGGCUGAUGGAAGCUUGGCUGUGCUCAACGCCUUCUCGCAAGCGCCCACCGCCAUGCAGGUGUCCCAUACGCAGGGCCAGGACGCAGGAGCUGUGCCUCAGGUGUUCCUCACAGCGCCCCCUGGAGCAGUCCAGAUCCCCGUAUCUGCAGUGCAGCUACACCCAAUGGUGAUUGGUCAGCAGUCCGCCGGGGGCAGCAGCAGUAACCUGACAGAGCUGCAGGUGGUCAACCUGGACUCUGCCCACACAACCAAGGGCGACUGACAGAUGGCCUGACGUGCCAGACUCAACCCCAGGACACACGGACGUUAGCACCACCUCUAGGACACACGGACGCUGCCACCAUUAUUCACAGAUGCCUUCUCACAGCAUUAUAUAAACAUACGAGGAAGGCCAGGUCCUCCGGACCCACGCUGUGCGGAUGGCUGUGUGUGUGCUUUUAAAAAGGGUCCUUUCUGAUACGCACACAAAGCAAGUGCUGCAGCUUCACACCACAGCCAAAGAGGUGUGUGUGUACAUGCGUGUGUGUGUAUGUAUGUGUGUGUGGUGUUUGUGUGUGUAUGUGCGUGUGUGUGUGUGUGUAUGUGGGGUGUUUGUGUGUGUAUGUGCGUGUGUGUGUGUGUACGUGUGUACACGUGUGAACGUGUGGUGUUUGUGCGUGCGUGCGUGCAUGUGCACACACUUUCGUUUGGGGUGGGGAUGUUAAACAGGUGGCUGAGGGAAGAUCUAAGAUCCAGUGGGUUAAUGUGGAAAUGUAUAUAAUUCUUUUUUUAAAUGAAAACGGAAAUGAUAUUUUUAGCCCAUUUGUGCUAAAAACUGCAUGGGGCAUUUUUUUAAUGUAUUGGUUUUGUAUGUUCAUAUGACUUAUGACUUUCUGAAAUUUAUUUACACAUUAUGUAUGUAAAUGAAUGUAAUAUACGUGUAUAUUAUGUUGAUUUAUAUAUUCUAUAGGAAUCAGAGCCACGAGCCAAAGCACUUUCAUUUUGGGUUUUUUUAGACAGAAUCUUGUGCCAAAAACGCAGGAGCUCUAGGGGUGUGUCUCCCAGCAGGGCCCAGACUGGGCCUGUAAGUGUUGGCAGUGCCACAGAAUCCGGCCCUUUCCAUGUCCCACGGCUGGCACCCCUACAUUCUAUUGUCAUCUCUGGGUUAGUCCAGCGUUGAUGAAGAGCUCAGUGGGGGGUGGGGGGUGGGAGGGUGUUUCUGCCCCCUAGCUGCAUGGGUGCUGAUAUAAGCUGCAGCAGCUGCAGGUUUACCAUGUUUCUGAUCAGCUAGUCGCAGUUGCAAACUCCCUCUAGUCUGCUGUGUCAGCUCCUCACGCUCGGACCUGGUCAGUGUGAUUAUUUAAUACCAUAGAUUUGGGGUUUGCUGUAUUAUCAGGAACACGUUAAGGCUGGCUUGGCUCCCUAACCUUUUUCAUUUUGAAAUUGUGGAAUGUUUAGACCAUGUGGUCACGAGAGUGCGUGAAGGGGACCUAGGGAAGUGGGGGGGGGGGGGGGAGUAAAACGGACUAAAACUCUCAAAGAGUCAAAGUCCAGCCUGGUUCCACUGGUAGAAAAGGGACUGCUAUCUCACUGGUUGAAUGACUCACAUACUACCUCUGUUUUACCCCCCAUGCUACCUCUCCCUUGGGUAUCAGAGGUCCUGGGAGGGGUGGGGCAUCUGUCAAUGCUGUGCAUCACUAUGAGUCACUGCUUACAGGGAGGACAUUUAACAGCAUAUUCAGUUUCUGUGUCAGUUACUGUAAGCUGGAGACAGUGAGCAGCUGGAGUUAGCUCCAGUGUGUGGCUUUGAUGUUCUGAACUGCACUGUGGAGCAGCGCGUCUCCUGCUGCAUGCAUGAGUAUCACAUGCAGUGGUGUUAACAUGCACAUUCUGCAGAGCUGCAGUGGUGUUAACAUGCACAUUCUGCAGAGCUGAAGUGGUGUUAACAUGCGCAUUCUGCAGAGCUGCAGUGGUGCUAACAUGCGCAUUCUGCAGAGCUGCAGUGGUGUUAAUAUGCACAUUCUGCGGAGCUGCAGUGGUGUUAACAUGCGGAUUCUGCAGAGCUGCAGUGGUGUUAACAUGUGCAUUCUGCAGAGCUGCAGUGGUGUUAACAUGCACAUUCUGCAGAGCCAGGGUUGUGGUAGCAUGUGUAUUUGGCAGAGCAGCAGUGGUCGCAGGAUUAUUGUCCCAGCACCAGAAAUUAUCCCGCUAUCCGGAUUUUACAAUCAGGCACGGAUUUUACACGCAUGUACAGCGUACAAAUUUGGGUGUGAAAUCACUGACUAUACCAACAGAGCCACACGAGGGAAAUGCCUUGCCUCCUGCCACACAAUCCGGGCUUUUCCGUGUCACACGGCUGGCAUCCCCGCAUGCGGCUGCUUCGCCCCGUUUCUCACCACGCACCCGGCCAGCGCCCGCAUGUCACACAAGAGCGCACGCGGUGUCCUCCUCCUCCUCCUCCUCUUCCUCCUACUCUGUGUCCACCGGCCAGUGGGAAGCAGCCCUGGCUAACGUCACAUUUCUGAACAGAGCGCAGAUCUCAAUUCAUCAGUACAUCCAGUCAUUCAAAACUGGGAGGGAAAGGGCAAAUAUGAAAAUGGCCAGUUUAUCCACUGACAUUUUCCACUGACCUUGUGCCAUUUGGUUUGUUCAAUUGUGUAGAAAUGUAGUUCACUACUUGUAAGCAUUUCAAAACAAGACUUAAUUUGAAUUGUGCUACUUUGACUAAGUCCAAACCUUGCGUCCCUCGGAGUUGGCGAACUUUAUCUUAGGCAGAGUUCAAGUUAUAAGCAGAACCUGGCUUUUUUCCAUUUUUUGAAAAUGUGUGCUGAAACGUCAGUGUUCUGUCAAGGAAAAAAGGAAAAAAAUAUGACUAUAUGCAUUCUCUUUACAGCUGAGAGAAACAUCACUUGUUUUUGCUUUCCCAAUGUUAUUGCCAAGCAAAACAUUAACACUUUUCAUUUAUAGUAAUUAAAAGAGUGAAAAUAAAAUGAAUGUAUUCAGACUCUGCUGUUAGGUGAGUCAAGGUUAUGAUGUCCAAUCUGAGGAGUCUGUGUGUAAAGGUAACUGUACAGAAAAUGUUUUGUAAUAAAAAAUAAAAGCAAAACAAUAAAUAAGC